GUAUAACUAUUAAAAAAAAGGCGAAAACAGAGAAUUCCAGAAUUUGAGAGCCCAAUUCUUCCCCAUAAAAACCCGCGUAUUCAAAUCCAAAACCCUAGAAAUCGCAGGGGAUUUUGUUGUGGAGAUUGAGAUGGGGAUAAUUAAGAGCAGCUUCUCCUUCAUAAUGGGCACGGUUGCAGGGGUCUACAUCGCCCAAAACUACGCCGUUCCUAACAUUAGGAAGCUCGCCGAUACUGCCGUCUUCAUUGCCAAGCAAUACGAGGAGAAGUACCGCAAGCCCAAGAAGCGAGACGACGAAUAGGAUCAUUGGUUGUUCUGCGACGCCGUUUCGAACCCAGGUUAUCGUUUUGGGAAAUUCCUUUUUUUUAAUAUUUGUUCUUGCUUUUCUGGGAUCGGUACCCCAUGAAGAAAAAUUUACUGAAGAAAGUGUUAUAGAUUAUUUGUAAUGAACUUGUUUCUUUCAAACUUCAAUUUUAAUCUUCAAAUGAAAAAUGUAUAUUCUUUUUCAUUGUUAUUGAAAAGUUGUGAAGGAGUUCUGUAC